CCUCAAAUCUCCCAGUGACUAUACCAUAAUUAUAUCUUUAUAAAUUACGGAUACAAUAUUUUGGGUUAUUGUUUCAGUUGUCAGUUUGAUUGUGUAAUAGUUUGAAUAGUUUUGCACUCUUCCUGGUUUUAGUUCGCACCAUGUUACAUUAGUUAAGAGGUUAUUUUUUCUCUCUGCAGAAACUCGCUGUCUGAAGAAUUCGACAGCAACAAAUGCGAUACAGUCGAAACACAGAGCGGGUUGUGUAUGGUUUCUCUGCUUGUACCAGGUUGAUUCGUGGAACUUCUGGGUUGGAACAGCUGAUGGUGUUUUUAUUUUCAGGACGAUAUCGGAUUUCAGCCUACAGUGUUAAUUAUGUUGCAGCCAUAGCUCGCUCAUCGAUACCAGGACGUUUGGAGGCGGUGCAGCGAUAGUAGACUACUACUGUAACAUUUGUAACUUAACGUUUCCUAUCACCUCUCAACUUCGUCUUGUCUUGUUCGUUGUGUCAAACAAUAGAGAUAUUUGUGAAGUAGGCUAAUGCCGAAGCGAGUCUCGGGGAGAACUCAAAGCUUCCUUUUCUCUGCUCAACCACGGAUACGGACGAGUAUCAUCAACCCAACAACAUGAGAAGUCGAAGCAACUCGGGAGUGAAACUGGACAACUAUGCCCGGAUAGUGCAUCAAACCAUACUCCGACAUCAAGACCCAGUCACAGGUCUCCUCCCAGCCAGUGGAGAUCAGCCCGAUGCCUGGGUGAGAGACAACGUGUACAGCAUCCUGUCUGUCUGGGCUCUCAGUCUGGCCUACAGGAAGAAUGCAGACAGAGAUGAAGACAAGGCAAAGGCCUACGAACUGGAACAGAGUGUGGUGAAACUAAUGAGAGGUGUUCUACAGUGCAUUAUGAGACAGCUGGACAAGGUGGAGAAGUUUAAGUACACUAAGAGCACCAUGGACUGCCUCCAUGCUAAGUACAACACCAGGACCUGUGCUACCGUGGUGGGGGACGAUCAGUGGGGACACCUCCAAGUGGACGCUACCUCUCUGUUCCUGCUGUUCCUCGCUCAGAUGACUGCCUCAGGACUCCAUAUCGUCUACACUCAGGAUGAGGUGGAUGUGGUACAGAAUCUCAUGUUCUACAUCGAGGCAGCUUACAAAGUGGCUGACUACGGGAUGUGGGAGCGAGGAGACAAGACGAACCAGGGGAUCCCUGAGCUCAACGCUAGCUCCAUCGGCAUGGCUAAAGCAGCUCUGGAGGCCCUGGAUGAACUGAACCUGUUUGGAGCCGGAGGAGGACCAGGGUCUGUAGUGCACGCUCUGGCUGACGAUAUACAGCACUGUCAGUCCAUCCUCAACUCCAUGCUUCCCAGGGCAUCUAUGUCUAAAGAGGUGGAUGCAGGUGUUCUGUCCAUCAUCUCGUACCCGGCCUUCGCUGUAGAGGACAUCUCUAUAGUCAACAUCACCAAGGAGAAGAUCAUAUCCAAACUACAGGGUCGAUAUGGAUGCUGUAGGUUUCUCAGGGAUGGACACAAAACACCUAAAGAGGACCCUAAUCGUCUAUACUAUGAGUCUGCUGAGCUGAAGCUCUUUGAGAACAUAGAGUGUGAAUGGCCCCUGUUCUGGACCUACCUCAUACUGGAUGGCGUCUUCACCAACAGCCCAGAACAGGUCCAAGAGUACAAGGAUGCUCUGGAGGGGAUUCUGAUCAAACAGAAAGACGGGAUCUGUCUACUUCCAGAGCUCUACAGCGUUCCACCCGAUAGGGUGGAUGAGGAGUAUGUAAACCCCCACUCUGUGGAGAGGGUCCCUCUGGGGAAGCUCCCUCUAAAGUGGGGCCAGUCCCUUUACGUCCUGGGAAGUCUACUGGCAGAGGGUUUCCUUGCCCCUGGAGAGAUAGAUCCUCUCAACCGACGUUUCUCCACCAUCCCCAAGCCAGACGUGGUGGUGCAGGUGUCUAUCCUGGCAGAGAACGAGGAGAUCCAGGAGUUGUUGAUGAAGAAUGGGAUAGAGGUGGAGACAAUAGCCGACAUACACCCCAUCCACGUCCAACCUGCUAGAGUCCUCAGCCACAUUUACGCACGACUCGGACGUAACCAGAGACUGGGGCUGACUGGUAGACCCUACAGGAGGAUUGGAUGUCUAGGAACUUCUAAAUUCUAUGUAAUCCGCAACACCAUCUUUGCCUUCACACCACAGUUCAUAGAUCACCAGCAGUUCUACUUGGCGUUGGACAACCAGAUGAUUGUUGAUAUGCUCCGUACAGACCUGUCCUACCUCUCCUCUCGAUGGAGGAUGACUGGAAGACCCACUGUCACCUUUCCUAUCUCUCAGACCAUGCUCACUGAAGACCACUCUGACUUGGACCCUGCGGUUCUGGCCACUCUGAAGAAGCUACAGGAUGGAUACUAUGGAGGAGCAAGGAUCCAGACGGGGAAGCUCUCUGAGUUCCUGACCACUUCCUGUUUUGCCAAACUCAGCUUCCUGGAUGCCAGUAAGCAUGCGGGCGGCAUGGGCCAGCAACAAGAUGAAGAUGAUGAUGAUGACUAUGGAUGCUUUGCUGAGCAUGGCUUGACCUUCCAUGGUGACGCUGAUGAUCUAGCCCAGUACCUGGACCAGUUGUUGACCACAGCGAACCCCAGCAGAGGGUCAAAGGUCAGAGGUGACUCUGGAGGGCUGGACAGGUUCAAAGCAGCAGCCACGAAGACCAAGGAAAUGGUGUCUCUGAUGCACAAGGCUAAGGAACUCCACCUACACAAUGCCCACUUAUAUCUCCCCAACAAGCUCUUCCGUUCCCCUCAGCCCUCCCUCCACCUCACCCUCACAGAUUCCUCUGCGCCUCACACCAGUCAGUUUCCUCAGGUAGUAGUGACCACAGAGUGUAACCUGCCCAGAGAUGCCAGUGGUGAUAUAGACUACACUAGUCUGGUCCAGCUCCUCAGAGACACCCACAGUCUACCAGACCAGGCGGACAUACUGUACAUCCUCUUCAAAGACAAGGGUAUGGAGUGGGACACCAGACUACAUGGUAAAGGCUCUACAGUCCGCUCCCUGCUGACAGACCUGUAUGUGAAGGCAGGAGAUCUCAAACACUGGGGACUCAUACGCAUGAUCUCUGGAAUACUGAGGAAGAAAGUAGAGGAACUCGACUGGGCUUGCUCUGAUUUGUUGGCCCACCAGAAGCACCUGACUGUGGGUCUGCCUCCAGAACCUCGGGAGAAGACCAUCACGGCACCCAUCCCUCCAGACAAGCUGGCCAUGCUGAUAGAUGAAGCUAGUGAGAACAACAUCACUAUAGCCAUCCUCACACAGGAGAUCAUGGUGUACCUGGCGAUGAACAUGCGUACCCAACCCAGCCUGUUCAGUGAGAUGUACAGGCUGCGUAUCGGACUCAUCAUCCAGGUGAUGGCCACUGAGCUGGCACAGUCUCUCAACUGCUCAGGAGAGGAGGCUACAGAGAGUCUGAUGAGUCUGAGUCCAUCAGAAUUAAAGAUCCUGCUUCAUCACAUCCUCAGUGGGAAAGAGUUUGGAGUGCAGAAGAGUGUGCGUUCUGUAGACGCAGGUGCCAGUCCGGCCAUCUCUAUCCACGAGGUGGGUAAUGUGGGCGCCACCAAAAGCGAGAGGGCGGGCAUCAGCAAGCUGAAGAGUGACAUGAGGAUGUUGGAGGAGCUCAGGUUGUCAUGGUCGCAGCAAAGACAGAGCCUUACAUCACACUCAUUGGACAUGGAACAUAUUGAAUCUGGGAGGUACAGGCUCCCCUCCAUAGAGUCUCUGGACGUUCCUGUGAGCACGCCUAUCACCAAGGAUACGAGGCACGGCCAAUGGCUGCGUAGGAGACGUCUAGACGGAGCACUCAACAGAGUCCCCAUAGGCUUCUAUCAGAAGGUCUGGAAGAUUCUGCAGAAGUGUCAUGGUCUGUCCAUAGAAGGAUUCGUUCUACCAUCUUCAACGACAAGGGAGAUGACUUUAGAUGAGAUCAAGUUUGCGGUGCACGUGGAGACGGUGCUGAACCGGGUGCCCCAGCCAGAGUACCGCCAGUUACUGGUGGAGGCCAUCUUAGUUCUCACCAUGCUGGCAGACGUGGAUAUAGACAGCGUGGGCAGCAUCAUCCAUGUGGAGAAGAUCGUCCACAUCGCCAACGACAUGUUUUACCACGACCAGAAGGACUUGGGAGCAGAGGAGCAGAUCUUAGAGAGAGACCCCUCCACAGGAGUGUGUCGCUUGCUGUAUGACAGCGCCCCUAGUGGACGAUUUGGCAGUAUGACAUACCUCACCAGGGCUGUGGCUGUAUACGUACAGGACUUUCUACCCUGUGGCUCCUGUGCCCUGCAGUAGACACACACGUGCUGGCUGUGUCAGAACACCUGUGCCUGCCUUCUAAUGGGGGAGGCUUUUUCGGGAAUGUGAAAGUAGAAUGUUUUAAUAUUAUUUGACUUUGAGUGUGUUUUAAAUGCCAGGAUGUCAUAUUAAUUUAGCCUUUCGUCUAGUGGAAUUCGCUAUAUACGCUAUUGAGGGAGCGAAUCGUCUUUUCACACCCACUUGUGUUUGACAAUAGCCGAUAAUCAGAAUAGGGGACGGCGCUCUACAAAAAUGAGCGAAUGGUAGAAACUAGCCCGAUUUGCGCAUUAGAUAAGUAGUAUGUUGAUAUUUGUUGCUUACUGCAUACAUCUUUACUAACCAGUACGUCCUAAAUAGUAUGUAGUACUGUUAGUACACAAUUUGUAGUUUUAGUAAGUAGGAGGCAUGACAGAUUUCAGACACACCAACAUGUACACCUUUAAACACAAAUAAAGGUCUAAUAAAAACACAAGUGUGAUCUGACUGUUAGACUUAAAAAGCAUUCACCUGAGUGUUCACUGGGUCUCAUUGUUUAUCAUUUUUUUGUCCAGCCUGGCAGAUAUUUACAUCUAACAUGGACAACACACUGUCUUUGUUUGGUCGGACAAAUAGCACCCUAUUCCCUAUAUAUAGUGUACUACAUCGACCAGGCUCCUUAGGGUCCUGUAAUCUAUUACUCGAUAACUAGUAAGUAACUAGUACCUAAUAAUUGAUAACUAGUCAUUGAUAACUAGUAAGUAACUGGUACCUAAUAACUGAUAACUAGUAAGUAACUGGUACCUAAUAAUUGAUAACUUGUCAUUGAUAACUAGUCAUUGAUAACUAGUAAGUAACUGGUACCUAAUAACUGAUAACUAGUAAGUAACUGGUACCUAAUAAUUGAUAACAAGUAAGUAACUGGUACCUAAUAAUUGAUAACAAGUAAGUAACUGGUACCUAAUAAUUGAUAACUAGUAAUUGAGACCUAUAAGAGGGUUAUCAUGGGCAGUUUACAGGUACAUUAUAUGAUUUGUUGAGAUGACUUGACAAUCAAGAAUAAUCAUACAAAUCUAUAAUCUUCUGGUAGGUCUGCCUCAAUUUGAUAGAUGUUGUUUCCUAAUCCUGGGGACCCAAAAGGGUGAGCAUUUCUGUUGUUGAACUAACACACUUGACUGAUGGAGGUGUAUUAGAGCUAGGACAAUAACAAAAAUGUGCACCUUGGGUCCCAGGGACCAGGACUGGAGAACACAGUUGAAACUGAUGCUGCCUGGGUUGAAUAGAAGUCGCAAUGUUUUCCUUGAGAAAACAUUUUUGUUUUAUUGUCAGUGUGAGUUCUGGGACAUUUUGGUUUUAUUGUCAGUGUGAGUUCUGGGACAUUUUGGUUUUAUUGUCAGUGUGAGUUCUGGGACAUUUUGGUUUUAUUGUCAGUGUGAGUUCUGGGACAUUUUGGUUUUAUUGUCAGUGUGAGUUCUGGGACAUUUUGGUUUUAUUGUCGGUGUGAGUUCUGGGACAUUUUGGUUUUAUUGUCGGUGUGAGUUCUGGGACAUUUUGGUUUUAUUGUCGGUGUGAGUUCUGGGACAUUUUGGUUUUAUUGUCAGUGUGAGUUCUGGGACAUUUUGGUUUUAUUGUCGGUGUGAGUUCUGGGACAUUUUGGUUUUAUUGUCAGUGUAAGUUCUGGGACAUUUUGGUUUUAUUGUCGGUGUGAGUUCUGGGACAUUUUGGUUUUAUUGUCGGUGUGAGUUCUGGGACAUUUUGGUUUUAUUGUCAGUGUGAGUUCUGGGACAUUUUGGUUUUAUUGUCGGUGUGAGUUCUGGGACAUUUUGGUUUUAUUGUCGGUGUGAGUUCUGGGACAUUUUGGUUUUAUUGUCAGUGUGAGUUCUGGGACAUUUUGGUUUUAUUGCCAGUGUAAGUUCUGGGACAUUUUGGUUUUAUUGUCAGUGUGAGUUCUGGGACAUUUUGGUUUUAUUGUCAGUGUAAGUUCUGGGACAUUUUUGUUUCUAAACCUCAAGCCUAUAUGCUGUAUUUAUAAAGGUAUUGUGUUGUUUUGGGGAUUUUCACCGUUUCUGUUUUUUGUUUACUAAUAUACAAGGCAGAUAGUAUAACGUAAUAUGCAAAAAUAGGACGAUGUAGAUGAAGUUACUUCAUUUGAGAAAUGUUUUCUUUUUUGUGAUUUAUUUUUACAAGCUCAACUUUUAUAAAGGUUAAGUUAAAUCAAUGUAAUUGGCUUUGCAAGUAUUCGAUCAGAUUAAACGUGAGCCAACACAACAAACGGUAAUGAAUGUAACUAAAGGUGUGGUUUCCAAACGUCACCCUGUUCUCUAUGUAGAGCAUGAAACUAUAAACUGAAUGGACAAAACAUUAAGAACACCAGCUUUUUCCAGGACAGACGGACCAGGUGAAUCCAGAUUAAAGAUAUGAUCCCUUAUUGAUGUCACUUGUUAAACCCACUUCAAAUCAGUGUAGAUGAAGAGGAGGAGACAGGUUAAAGAGGGAUUUUUUUAAGCCUUGAGUCAAUUGGGACAUGGAUUGUGUGUAUGUGUGCCAUUCAGAGGGUGAAUGGGCAAGACACAUAUUAAAGUGCCGUUGAACGGGGUCUGGUAGUAAGUGCCAGGCGCAACGGUUUAGGUGUGUCGAGAACUGCAAUGCAAGUCAAUAUUAGGAAGGUGUUCUUAAUGUUUUGCACACUGUAUAUACACUACACUAUAUAGCCCAGGAAUUGGGGUGCCAUUUUAGGGGCGCAACAAACUCAAAUGUCAGUUUUUACUCCUAUUUAAAAAGUACAAUUUGUAUUGGGAUAAAAUCCUUCACAAGAAAAGGGACAAGAGACUGGCACCUUGAUGAGUUGAAUAGUUUGUCAAAUGAUAUAUAUGUUUACAGUAGAUGGUGGUAACCUCAAUGUAAUUGGCUACUGAAAGGUAGUAAGUAAAGAUCGCUGUGUUUGACAAUAAAAUAAAUAAUCUAGAUGGAAUAUUAAAGGUUGUUGUGAGAAGC